UACAAAUCUGAAAGUAGAUUGGCAGUUUCCUCUUCAGCGUUCCAGAAAGAGAAGAAGAAGAUCAAGAUGGCGGAGCGUGGCUACAGUUUCUCCCUCACCACAUUUAGCCCCUCGGGGAAACUGGUCCAGAUUGAAUAUGCGCUGGCAGCUGUCGCAGCAGGAGCUCCUUCAGUCGGCAUCAAAGCUACUAAUGGAGUGGUCCUGGCUACGGAGAAGAAGCAGAAGUCCAUUCUGUAUGACGAACAGAGCGUCCACAAAGUGGAACCCAUUACCAAACACAUAGGCAUGGUCUACAGCGGCAUGGGACCCGACUACAGGGUUUUGGUGCGGCGAGCCCGGAAGCUGGCGCAACAGUACUACCUGGUGUAUCAGGAGCCUAUUCCUACGGGCCAGCUCGUCCAGAGGGUGGCCUCCGUCAUGCAGGAGUACACACAGUCUGGUGGAGUGCGUCCCUUUGGUGUGUCUUUGCUGAUAGCUGGUUGGGAUGAAGAUCACCCCUACUUGUUCCAGUCAGAUCCUUCUGGAGCGUAUUUUGCAUGGAAAGCCACAGCCAUGGGAAAGAACUACGUCAAUGGAAAAACAUUCCUUGAAAAAAGGUAUAACAAUGACCUGGAGUUAGAAGAUGCCAUUCACACCGCCAUCCUUACAUUGAAGGAGAGUUUUGAGGGUCAGAUGACAGAGGAGAACAUCGAGGUGGGAAUCUGUAACGAGGCUGGUUUCAAAAGACUCACCCCAGCAGAGGUGAAAGACUACCUGGCAGCCAUCGCGUGAACACAGCCUCCCUGAUGGGCCGCCGGCCGCAUUUCAAAACAUUUAGCAGCACAGUAGCCAGUAGGCACAAGGAACAAAAGAGUAUGCCCACAAUACCAUCACCGUAAUGAAGACAUAGACACCCUGAUGACCAAUAUUACUCAGUCUCUACACAAAUGUGUUUAUACUCAACGAGAUAAAGUAAAUUAGCCUUACCUUAAGACAUACUCUAUGAAUGUCACAUGUGACAAUUGGCUGCUGUGCAAACUAAAGGGUUUUGGGCUCUGACAGAAAUCUCAGGUCUUCCAUUGAAUCUUCAUUUUCUUAUUGCCCAUUACUUAGCAAAGGCACUGUGCUGAGUUCGAAGAUACUAUUCCCUUUUGCAUAAUACAUUUAGAUAAAAACAUUUGAAUAGCAAUCAGACUUAUUACAGGUUAUGAUAAAUCCUUUCCUUAAUAUCUAACAAGACAUUUGUUUUUACAUCUUUGCUCUUUGUAUUAUUGAUUUUGGUCAAAACAUAAGCAGGGAUGGAUGAUUCAAUGGCUAGCCUUGAUAUUUUACUGUCAAGAUGUGGUUGCUGUACAACAGUUUUUCAUUGUGUACUCCUUUUUUUUCCAGACCUGAUACAGUUCUUAAAUUUGUAUUUCAUCCACUGUUAUGUCACUUAUUCAAAUAAAGAAUGGUGAACUGUU